UUUUCUCUCAAAUAGCCCUCAAAAAUACAUAAAUAAUUUCGGAUAUUUGAAAAAAGACGAAAAUUUGUGAAAGCAGCACGAGCAACAGCGAAUAAAGCCAGCAAUAUUUUUAUAUAUACAUUCGUGAGGAAAAUCUUUUAAAGAGGAAAAUACACGUAAAGAAAACGCAGCAAACGAACAUAAUCGGAGGCUGAGAAGAUCAGUAACAAAUCAACGAGAUAAAGCAGAGUAAAGGGAGCUGAGAAGGAAAUAGGCCAACUUUUUUUUGUAUUGGCAAGCAACCCUGUUUGCAAGCCAAAGAGCUUCGUUUACUUAGCACCAAUUUUGGGAUCAAUCACAGACUAUACGGGGGAAUCCGAUUUUACCCGAUUCGUAUACGACAGAUCUGCAGAAUCCACCAUAUACCGUUGCUUGCUACUCAUUACGAAUAUCAGUUUGUCUUUUGUUUUUCUUUGCUUACACUAAUUUUGUGGAGAGAAUUUAUAUAAUACUCUCCGCUCUUCUUUCCGCGUGAAAGGCAAAGAAGCGUUUGUUUGUUUUCUGUUUUCUUGUCGUUCAUAUACACCACACCCCACGAAAACUUUACGUACCUUUUGUUAUAAAAACAAACCGAGCAUCGCUUACGAUAUCUCCGUUUUUUUUUUUUUUUUCUUUUUUUUUAUUUGAUUUCAUAUUUGUGUCAUGAUGUUUCAAAGCGACUUUCAUAGAAAGAAAAAUUUUGCAAAUCCCAAUCUGUUCAACAACUCUAAUCCACCGAAGGAAAAUGGGCCUGCGGCCCAGCCAGCGUCAACUGCUGGUCGUCCCGAUAAUAAGGAAGAAACUAAAGAACAAGAAGAGGUUCGCACAGAACACUUGCUUAAGCAUCCGUUGCAGAAUACCUGGACCUUGUGGUACUUGGAAAACGAUCGCAGCAAAUCCUGGGAGGAUAUGCAAAACGAGAUCAUGAGCUUCGAUACUGUCGAAGAUUUCUGGAGCCUCUAUAACCACAUUAAACCACCAUCUGAUAUUAAGAUUGGCAGCGAUUAUUCGCUGUUCAAAAAGGGAAUUCGACCUAUGUGGGAAGAUGCAGCUAAUAAAAAAGGAGGCCGUUGGGUUAUCACUUUAAAUCGUAGUCCUAAAACUGAAGUCGACAAUUUAUGGCUAGAUGUGCUUUUAUGUUUAAUUGGUGAGGCUUUUGAUCAUUCUGAUCAAGUUUGUGGUGCUGUGGUCAACAUACGCAACAAGAAUAAUAAAAUUUCUAUUUGGACUGCAAAUGGCGAUAACAAAGAAGCUGCAUUGGAAAUUGGCCAUAAAUUGAGAGAUGCCUUGCGUUUGGGUCGUCAAAAUUUACAAUAUCAACUGCACCAGGAUACGAUGGUAAAAACCGGAUCAAAUGUCAAAUCUAUUUACACUUUGUGAACGGCCUAAAACCACCAUCCUUCAACAAUCAAUCAACCAACACUCAAUUCUUUAUAGAUUAAAUAUAUGCUUUUGAAGCAUGUUUUCAACAUCAAAACAAGCAAGAUAAUCAAAGUCGCAUUAUAUAUCGACACGUGCAAACCCCCUUAGAAAUUUAUUUUUCAUUCAUUUAUGCUGCAUCGAUGUACGCUUUUCAUAUGUUUGUAACACUUGUCCCUUGUGGCUAAUUAACUAUACAUACGCAAGCUGGAUAAAAAAAAAAAAAAAAA